AUUGACACUCACUAACACCCAUAACUUCCCCAACAUAAAGAAAAAGGCAAUGCCACCCACAACCCAACAAGUUCGCCCUGGUGCAGGCGUCCACAUCGUCCUGAAAAAAGACCAACCGACAGGCCGCACAGUCAGCGGUACUGUUGGUGAGGUAUUGACGCGGGGCAACCAUCCGAGGGGGAUUAAAGUCCGCUUAACGGAUGGGAGAGUGGGGAGGGUGCAGGCUAUGAAUACUAAUCUUAGCUCUAAUUCUAACCUUGGUGGUACGGAAUAUAUGGGUGUUGAGCAAGGGGACCUGGAGCAGGGAGGUUCUUGGGGAGGUAGAGGUGGGCGGAGAGGUGGUAGGAGGGGUGGAGGUAGGGGGUAUCAGGGUGGUGGAGGGGAUGAAGGAGAGGUGCCAGCGGAGAGUGUGGGGUUGGAUGCGUAUGUUACUCCUGGGUAUGGGGGGAUGCAGAGGGGAAAGAAGGGCAGGGGAAGGGAUGUUGCUGGGGGUGUGGAUGGUGUUGAUGAGGUGGUGGUUCCUGGGGUGGAAGGAGUAGGUAGUAUGGAUGCAGGGGUUAUUCGGUGUCCUGUCUGUGACGUCUUUGAGGGCGAUGAAGCUGCUGUUGCGCACCAUGUUGCGGAGCAUUUUGAUUGAGAUAUCCUCGAUGGCUUCGUGGACUAUCUCGUGUGGUCGUGAAUAUGAGAUCGAUGAUCUAGAUGGGUUCAUAUUCGUUUCAUACCUGGCUAUCUGUAUCUCGCGACAGAAUACCACUUUGCUGGGUAUAUACAUUUAUAUUCGCGAGAGCUUGUGCAGCACGGGGGCUAUGGACAACGCCUGAGCCACCACAGGGAAAAGGGACAUGAAAGCCGCAUAUGACGCGACUUCCAGACAAGUGUCGCGGGUGAGAAACAGAUAUCGACGAAAGAAAA